CUAGAAACAGCAGAUUGAAGGUUCACAUGAGGAUUCAUACUGGAGAUAAACCUUAUACUUGUACCAUCUGCAGCAAAGCUUUUGCACGUAGAACUGCACUGAAGCAACAUCUUCUCAUACACACCGGCAUGAGACCAUACGAUUCUAAACGGAGAUGGACGUUUUUUGUACGGCAAAGAAUCGAUCCAAAUGCAGCCAUGGCAAAUCGUCGAUUUGGAAGGCUGUCUCUACUACGCAUUUGUUCCAGCUAAACAAGAAAAGAAGUUAAUUGAAAGAAAGAAAAUUAAUUCGGAAAGCGACGAGAUUAAGAAAGAAAUUUUAGAAGAAUCUGUAAAAAUAUCAAACGAAAAGGAUCUUUCGUAUACCGAUGAACUUGAUCCAUUUUGUUCAAUGAAAAUAAAAAAAGAAGAAUGCUCGGUGGACGAACAAGAGAUUACAAACGAUCAAGAAAUGUACGAGGAAGAUAACAAAAUGUACGCUUGUGAAGAAUGUAACAUUUGUUUUCCUGUAAUGCAAAUGUUGAAACGUCAUAAAAAUGCCGUACACGAACAAGCUCAGCGAUACAAGUGUAAGGUCUGUUUCAAGAUUUGUCGUAGCUUGAUAGCUUUCAAAAUGCACGUAGCUUUGGAACACAAACCUGAACAAGAAGGGAAUGUCGACAAUCUAGAAAAUCUAACGUAUACGUGUAAUUAUUGUAAUUACGAGAGCACGAAUAAAUCCACUCUUUAUUCUCAUAUUAGUAGAAAACACUCGACUCGUCGAACUGGUAGAAGAAAGACUGGUCGUGGAAUUCUCUCGGAACAGGAAGAAUAUGCUUGCGACGUAUGUGAAUUUAAAUGUCAGACCAGAAGACGUUUAAAGGAACAUCUUGAACGUAAGCACGCAUCGGAAUACAAGUACGAUUGUGAGUUUUGUGGUAAGAAGUUCAAAGUUAAGGGAGACAUGAGAUUGCACGUUCGUUUCAAGCAUAAAGAGGGCCCGAUAGUCUGCGACGUUUGUGGUAAAACUUGUUCCAACAGUAAUUCCUUGUACGUCCACCAGAAGUGGGCUCAUUUCAAGCCCAAAUACGAAUGUGAGAUUUGUAAAAGAAGAAUGGUGACACAAGAGAAUCUUGACCAGCAUAUACUCCUUCAACACGAACGACGUGAAAGUUUCGUUUGUGAAGAAUGUGGAAAAUCAUUUUCUGAAAAUCAUCGGUUGAAACAACAUAUGAUGACUCAUACAGGAGAUAGACCCUAUGAUUGUCACAUCUGUGGCAAAGCGUUUGCUCGUCGUACUGCUUACAGACAGCAUCUUCUUAUACAUACAGGAAAACGACCAUAUAUCUGUGAUAUUUGUGGUAAAGCCUUCACACAGAAACCUGGACUAAUUUGUCAUCGGAAAUCUCAUCCUGGUAUUCAUCCGCCUUUACCGGUCGUACACAUCAAACACAUACUUAGCGAUUUUAUGAAGAAGGAUUGAUGACGAUUAACAAGAAAAUAUGGUCCAUCGUACUUAAUUUAUCAAUGAAAGAACUAUUUGACUUGGAGAUUGCAGCGUUUAAGAUAGAAAAAAGAUUGAAUCUACUUCAAAGCAAUAUGAAAAUGCGAUGUACUAAGAGAUUUUUAUCAAUGACGAAAAUAAUUGAGUUUUUAUUUAUAUAUAUUAUGCAUCUAAAAGUGAUGUUUUUUCUCUAAUUGUUAUCUUCAAUUUCGUGUAAGUUUUUGUCGUGUUUUAUUAACUUAAAGUUAAAUUAAAAAGUUGGAAGAAGUAAGGAUGUGGCAUUGUUUGAUCGCCUAAAAAUUUUAUUAGGAUUCGUUUUGAUUGCAUGAUUAAUUGCAAUAAUGUUAUUUGUAAAUUUAGCGAUCUAUAAAAUAUUUUAAUUAACUCAUUGUAAAUUUUAUGAUGGCAAACAAUUUUGUCAUGUUAAUAUCGUAUGUUGUUAUAGCAAUUAUAGACAUUAAUAUUAAAAUAAGUUCAAGAUGUUUUUAAUAAAGUACACUAAUCGAAAGACAAAAAAAUUUACAUUUCUUAACAAUAAAAAAAUUAAGUUUUAACAAUUUAUUUCAACGGUAAGUAAAAUAUAUAAAUAAUAUUUUAUUACAAAUUUAUAAUCGAAUCGAUACUAAUCAGUUUCAAGAAUGUUACAGCUUAUUUUCUUUGGCUUUAGAAAGGAUUUUUCAAAAUGUAAGUAACUUUUUAGUACUGUACAUUUAUCUUAAAAACAUUUAAAUAAUAUCUUGAACAAAUUUUGUUUCAGAAUGACCGAUGAAAUAAUGAAUUACAUCGACGAAGAUAAUUCAAGAAUCUUACAAACUGUGAAAAAAAUGUGCGAAUACGAAAGAUAAAACAUCACUAUUAUUAUUGUCACGUGUAAAAUAAUACAUUUACUUGCAAUUAUUUGUCGUAUUUGAUUUGUUUAUUACCACAAAAAAGAAGCAAAAAAAAAUGAAUGAAUACCUUAAUAUAAUACCUAAUAAUAUUUUUCAAAAAGCAGUCUCGCAGCCCUUAAUUCAGGGAGUGAGAUGUCUUUAAUUAUCCUUAUCACGAUCUUUGUGAGUUAUGACUACGAAAGUAAGUAAUCACCGAUUGGAGAUUGUUGUUGGAAUGAAACCAUCACAAAUAUGUUGUAUUUCUUUU